CCCAGCAUCAUCACCACCGGCCAUCACUUCAUUGUACGGGGCUGCUGCUGAUGCAGAGAUCAUAGCAAGCGAUUGUGUUUCUCUUAGUUAGUAACGGAAGCAUGCCAUGGAUGUGGUUUCUCACCCGUUAGGUCUUCACAUUGGAUGGGAAUCUGUUGUGAGCCCUUGUGUCUAAUAGGAGAAUGAGGAAGAGGAGGAACUGGAAACCUUGGGAGCACCUCGGAACGCUUAUAUGAAGUCUCAAUGAAAGCAUUAGAACAGCCUCUCUAGUUCUUGAAUCAAUGGCUAAGAAAGGGCGUACGAAGGGCGAGAAGCCCGAAGCCCUUAUUUCUGCCUUACAGGCAGCUAAUGAAGAUCUCAGGUCCAAGUUGACUGACAUUCAGAUAGAGCUGCACCAAGAAAAAUGCAAGGUGAGCAAACUGGAGCGAGACAAGGUGCAAGAGGUGAAGCGGGUGCGAGAGCAGGAGCAGCACCGUCAUACUGCCAUGCUAACAGAGCAGCGGGCAAAGUGGCAUGAGGAAAAGCAAAAGGAGCUCCAGGCUCUCAGGGAAAACCUGACACGGCAGCACGAGCAAGAACUGGCCCGCCAUGCUAAAAUCAAAGACCAGGAAAACCAGAGGCUGAAAGCAGCACUGAAUGCCAUGCGUGAUGGCAGUGGAGAGAAGGUACGCACAGCACUGACUCUUGAAGCCAAGGAGGACGCACGUCGUUUCUUUGACCAGGAGAGAGUUAAACUCCUGCAAGAGAUAGCAGAGCUGAAGGCCACUAAAAAGCAGACUGACGAGGCUCUCAGCAACAUGAUCCAGGCUGACAAGAUGAAGGCUGGGGACCUGCGGGUGGAGCACCAGCAGCACCAGGAGCAGAUCUCUAAGAUCAAAUGGGACUGUGAGAAAGACAUCCGCAGACUGGUGGACGAAAUCAAAGGUAAGGACCGCACCAUUUUCGCUCUGGAAAAAGAACUGGAAUCGACAUCGGGUUACUUACAGAAGCUGCAGCUUCAGAAGGAUGCCCUGGAUGAACAGUUAUUCCUUGUUAAGGAGGCUGAGUGUGGCCUGGGAAGCCCAAAAAGAGAAAUCCCAGGCAGAGCUGGAGAUGGUGCGGAGCACUGUGGCAGCCCAGACAUGAGGAGAAACCAGAGGCGUAUGGCUGAACUCAAUGCAACUAUACGCAAGCUGGAGGACCGCAACUCGCUGCUGGGGGAUGAGAGGAAUGAACUGCUGAAACGUGUUCGAGAGUCAGAGAAGCAGUGUAAGCCCCUGCUGGACAAGAACAAGCUGCUGAGUAAGAGGAAUGACGAUUUGACCCAGACGAUCCAGAAGCUGGAGGAGAAGCUGAAGAGCCUGAUGAAAGAAAACCUUGAGAUGAAGGAGAGGAUAAACUCUCAUCCUCCACUGAAGAAGCUAAAGUCUCUCAAUGACCUGGACCAAGCCCAUGAUGACCAGGAAAUAGCCUUUCUCAAGCUUCAAGUCUUGGAGCAGCAAAGCAUGAUUGAUGAACUGACAAGAGACCGAGAAAAACUCCUAAGAAAGAAACGGCAUAAAAGAAGUUCAAGGCCAAUAAAGAGGCAUAUCGUGGUUGAUACUUUCUUUGGGUAUGAUGAAGAGUCUAUGGACUCAGAGACAUCCUCAGUGGCUUCAUUUCGAAUGGACAGAACUCCUGCUACUCCUGAGGAAGACCUGGAUGAUAGUCUUGCCAACGAGGAGUCAGAGCUACGUUUCCGUCAGCUCACCAGGGAAUACCAGGCCUUACAGCGAGCUUACGCCCUGCUGCAGGAACAGAAAGGAGGCCUACUGGAUGCUGAAAUCGAAGCUAAGGCUCACGAACAGCUCCAAGCAGAGGUUCUCAGGUAUAAAGCCAAGAUAGAGGACUUGGAGAAGGAACUAACCCUGAAGGGACAGGACUCCAAAUGGGUUGAAGAGAAGCAGCUGUUCCUAAGAAGGAAUCAGGAGUUGUUAGAAAAGGUGGAAAAGUUGGAGUCAGACUGUAAUCGGCUGCAGCAGGAGCUUCAAGACUCCAAAGAUCAAAAUGAACUGUUAGAGUUUAGGAUACUGGAGCUAGAGGAGCGCGAGAGGAGGUCUCCUCCAUUCAACCAUUUGAGAAUGCAUCCUUUCUCUGAGGGAGUCAGUGCACUGCAGAUCUACUGUAUGAAGGAAGGAGUUAAGGAUGUCUGCAUACCAGAUCUCAUCAAACUGCUGGAUAUCCUUGGAGACAACGGGAACUUAAGGAACGAGGAGCAAGUGGCUAUUAUUCAGGCUAGCACUGUUUUGUCACUUGCGGAAAAGUGGAUUCAACAGAUUGAAGGGACAGAGGCAGCACUGCACCAGAAGAUGAUGGACCUGGAGAUAGAGAUGGAGAUGUUUUGCAAACAGAAAGGAUAUCUGGAAGAGGAGCUGGACUACAGAAAACAGGCCCUGGAUCAGGCAUACAUGCAAAUCCAGGAGUUGGAAGCAACCUUAUACAACGCCCUGCAGCAAGACAAGGUGAUAAAGUACGGCGAGCCUCUGGAUGAGCUUCAGAGGGACGAGCUGCGGACGGCGGUGGAGAAGCUGAGGAGGCAGAUGCUGAGGAAGAGUCGAGAGUACGACUGCCAGAUCCUCCAGGAGAGGAUGGAACUUCUGCACCAGGCCCAUCAGAGAAUUCGUGAUCUUGAAGAUAAGACAGAAAUCCAGAGGAGGCAGAUUAAAGACCUGGAGGAAAAGUUUCUGUUUCUGUUCUUGUUCUUUUCUCUUGCCUUUAUCCUUUGGCCUUGAAGUCUUUGGCGUGUCCUGUAGCAGAGGUGGUAUGUCAGCUUGGGGAUCUUGUUUGUGACUGCAGUGUUAUUUAUUUUCUGGACAAGUGUGAAACGGUGUGUGUAGCAGUGGCUGCUCGUGUCAUAACAUCAGUGACUGCUGUCGGUAUAGCUGGAUGUAUUGUGUGCUGGUCGGAUCACACUUCAGAUUUAUUAUUAUUAUUAUUAUUAAUAUUGUUUUUUAACCGGGUGAGGUUGGUUCUCAUCCUGCUGCCCAGGAUGAUAUUUUUAGGACAUUAAAUAUCUCUCCAAGCAGCUGAGAAUACAGACUGCAAGGAAUGGCAGGCAAUUGGGAAAACAGAUAUAGUGCAUUCAGACAUGUACACACACACACACACGCACACAUAAAUAGUUUUCAGACACACAUGCAUUUACAGACAUAUGCAGUUGCAAACACAUGCUUUGACAAUUUAAAAACCAAAGCCUGGGAUAUGUUCUCUCUGCCAUGCAGGGUAAUAAUAUAUCACUGACCAACAUUUAGCCCCAGUGGGAAUAUAAACAGACAGAGAGCUCAUAAACAACAAGGAAAACAAACCACAGGCCGCUCUUCUUUUUCCCCCUCUGUUUUUUUGGCGUUCAAACCUGAAAAGAAGUUCUUGAAUGCAACCACCCGGUGAACUGAAGCGAGCCAACUCAGGGCCUUACGCACGCAGAGGCCAUUUAAACAGUGCUGGUCUCAGGUCAGAUUAUAACAAGGAACUUUCGGGACCUGGUUUCUUCAACCAACUGCCCUGACAUUGCUGUUCAGAGAAUGGUGCUUACACACUGCUUGCACUCUCCAGAGGUCACGUCUGCAAAAGGACACAGCUACACUGCAGAAGCUGGUGUGUACAGACACUAAUGGGAGAUACGGGACACUCAGGUUGACAUGUCUUCACUGGACACACAUAACAGACUCGAGUGAAGGAAGGUGAAAAUAGAUUUUGGGAGAAAUGCCACACUUGGAUCCACUCAGCUCCACUCAGCCUGGAUCUGUACAGGAGAACAUACGGAUUGUCAAACUGCAUCUUCAUUUUUUCUCAAAAGCCAGCAGACUGUAAAAGCUUUACCCCCUGGUUGUCUUUUUUUCCCCUCCUUUCUGUUUUUUUUUUACAGCUCCUACCACUGACAGCCCAAGAGAAAACAUCCCCAUUCUGUAUUGUAAUAUAUACAUUGUUAAUAUGUACAUGUGUCUGAAUAAUUUCAUGUAGUCUCCCCUUUUUUCUGUGAAUAGUGGAAACUUUUGUUUAUUCUCUGAUGCAGCUUGAACAGUUGAUGUACUUGGCAGUUUAGAAAUGACUUGACAAGGGUGUAAAUUGCUCUGUUUUAUUGUGGUGAUGGCUGCAAAGAUGAACAUUGUUUCCUUGAAAAUUAUAAGUGAAAAAAAUAAUUUUAAUAUGAAUGUGGAAUAAUAUAAAUAUUUGCCACCCCUUCCCUCCCCCCCCCCCCACAUCCUUUAUCACAUACCGUGUAUUGGAUUUGUUGUUCUACUGUCUAUAUCGUGUUGCUCCAGCUGGCCAGCAGGGGGUGCUGCUGUCGACCUGUGCGACUUUCCCAAUUUGCCCUUUAAAGAAACAUGACCUUUUACCAAACUUGUAAAUAUUUCAGACUGGUUUCCGAUGAGCUCUGGUCACAAAACAACAUGUAACAGUCAUGUUGUCCGUGUUUGUUGGGCAAAAUUUCACUCCAUACUCUUAAUUUUGUAAGGAUGAAAGAAAAAAAUUAUAAAACAACACUACAACAUCAGACCUUCCUUUAUCCCAAGAAAACUGCAGGUCUCUUCUUUUUCUACUAACCAAAACAUCUUUGAUACUAAUGGCCCUGUUUUGCUAAACUCUGCUGGCCACUUAGGUGUCCACUUCCCCCAAAAGGAAACAGGAGAAAGUGGAUGCAACACAACACCUGCUUCACUUCUCUCCCGCCAAGCUGACUCUGCCCAGUCCCUAAAAUAUUUACUACUAAUACUCUGCCUGCUCCCCUUUUUACCCGAGCUACUGUAUCUGCCACUGAAUCACCUAUUGUAAGGCCGAGGGUACCUUCUCAUUGGAUGUCAUUACACAUCAGACAGUAACUACAGCCCAGUACAUUCACUUUAACUUAUCGAGGGGGGCGACUGAAAAUAUUGUGCAAACUCAACAGCAGUUGCCUUAAAUGCACUUUCCCCCCUUUUUCUGCCUGUAUUUCCAUGUUUAAUCUAUUUUUUCUUUUCCGGGUCAUUUAUGUAUCUCACAAAUAUACAUUACGAGAAUGUAAUGCGUGACAUUACAUGUAAUGUGUAUUCAUUUUUGUUUUUAUUUUACAGAGAUUUUCUUUUCUCCUUCUUCUGUCUGUCUUCCAAGGAGAAUAUAUAAUCCCUCCUAAUUUCAUUUAGAUUAUUUGAUAAACAGAAAAACGUAAUGCUGUAAAAAACAAAAAAAGAUUAAAUAAAAAAAUAUGGCCUAUGACCUUGAAGACUAAUUUGUCUUCUUUCUGCACCUUAAUUACAAACACUGAUUGGGAUUGUGUCUUGUAAGUGUACAUUACUAGAGGAAUGACUGCUAAAAUAUUCUUAAUUUAUUCACUGUAUUCCUGCUUUAAAUUUGUUAAAAAAAAUUUAAAUGCAAAACAGUUGCUUUUUUUUAAACUCCUUUUUUAAUGACACGUAAUCUGCCUUUUUCACGCUCAAUUAGUUGUUGCUUUAUUAUGUAUUUCAAAUAUUUAAGUGUUUAGCAAAAGCUGUUUUUUUACAUACUAUUUCCAAAGUCAGUAAUUUCUAUAUCUCCCCGUAUCAUCGUGUCAAACAUCUUUUUCUCACUUGUUUGUAACAAGAUUUCCUUCCCCUUCAUAAAAAGAGAGCGUAGGCUUUGAGCUGUAGCUGGUGGGUGGCUUUCUCAAAUCUUUGUUCUCCGAGCAUGUACCGCUCAAAAACGGACAGAAAUCCUUGACAGAACUAUCAUGUUUACUGGAGCUUCUCUAAGUUGCUUAAUAUUAAAGGGUAAAAAGUCUGGUU